ACAGCAGACGAGGGGGGGCGUCCCUACAAAGAGGGAGCAGGGAGGAGAAACAGCAGACGAGGAUAGGGAGAGUGACUGAGAAGAUAGAGAGCAUCUGAGAGAGAGAGUUCGCAUGCAGGACAGAGUGAUUAAACAGCAGGCAGACAUUGGACAGCCUUUUUUUUUUACUUCCACCACAACUGCUACAGUGGAGGAGAUGCUUAUGUGAAGAGAACAAGUGAUUGUGCACAGUAAACAAGAAGCUCUCUUCCUUUUUAUAGAUAAAGGCAGGAAUUGAUGAGCUGCUGCUGAUCUUAGAGUGUCUUGUCAUGGAUGACUCUAGGGAACCUGCUGAAUAGAUCUCAGCGCUGCAUCAUGGUUCAGCAAAGGACCCACAAAUACUCAUCAGUCAUGGAUGGCAAUUCUACCAGAGAGGUCUUUGUGGGACUGGCGGCAGAGGACGAUGCGGAGGGGUUCGGACAUGUACCUUCUAAGAAAGACCCCAACUGGUGCAAAACUCCAACUGGGCACAUCAAGAGACCAAUGAACGCUUUCAUGGUCUGGUCCCAGAUUGAGAGACGUAAGAUCAUGGAGCAGUGGCCUGACAUGCACAAUGCUGAGAUUUCAAAGCGUCUCGGAAAGCGCUGGAAACUACUGCCUGAUUAUGAGAAGAUACCCUUCAUCAAAGAGGCUGAAAGGUUGCGUCUAAAGCACAUGGCUGACUAUCCUGACUACAAAUACCGGCCCAGGAAGAAGAGCAAGAUCUCAACCCAUGUGAAACUUGGAGAGAAGUUGCCUAUGAAAUCCAGCAAGCCCCAUUCAGGAAGGUCUCCUGGGCUGUCCUGCAAAGGGCUAAAGAUCAAACCCACUUCUACCAAGCCUAAAAUGAACUUUACUGGCAAUAAAUAUAAGAGCUACAGUGAGAGCAUGAGCGAUGAUGACACGAUGGAUGUAAAUUUAGAAAGUCCAGUGACUUUGCAAGACGAUCACAACCCAUCAGGUCACUUUGUCCUUCACCAGCAGGCUACCAUUCCCUCUGAGGACCAGCAACCAGUUCCUGAGCUCAAAAUGAAAGUGCCCAUCUCACAAACCAGCAGCAUCCAGAGUGUCUCCUCAGAGAAUGAGUGCCAGGCUGUCCCAGAGUCCACCACGAGCGAACCACAAGGUUCGACAUCUGGAAGAUCCUCCACACCAACCUCAACCAGUUCCUCCUCUUUGGUGUCCUCAGCAUGUUCGGAUGAGGAACUGGAUGAGGAACUCUUGCAUAUCAUUUCUAACAGUAUGCCUAUGGACUGCUCCACUCUGGACAAAGACUUUGAAGCGUUCAAUGCUAACUCAGGAUCCCAUUUUGACUUCCCAGAUUACUGCACUCCAGAGGUGAAUGAAAUGAUUUCUGGGGACUUGCUCGUGCCCAGCAUCUCAGACCUUGUGUUCACCUACUAAAGUCGAGUCCUCUGUAUUGUGGCCAGGUCUGCAUAGCUGCCAAUUUGAAAAUAUUUUGUUCAUGUUGUACUUGGACAAUUCCAUUUUCCAUGUGUUUAUUUUUGUCAAUGAAUUCCGUAAGUGCUAUUGCUUUUCUUUCCAAGCAUGUCACAUCUUGUUGGUUUAGCUAAGACACACAGGGCUUUGCAGAGCUGUUCAGGACAGUAAGACAUUCAGGCUUUGGGUCUAAUUCUUAGACACAUGAAAAUGAUCUUUUCCUUAUCUUUAUAAAUGUCUUAAACUAACUGCUAAUAUCUCCAGAGACAAAGAUUUGUAUCUAUUUUUCCCAAAAUUUAAAUUCUUUCAUCAUUUACUCAACUACAUGACUUACUUUAUUUACAAAACAUGAAAGAAGGUUUUGUCCAUACAUCAACCACAUUUUUCAAAAUAUCUGUCCACCGAAACCAGAAUGUCAUUAGGGUGAGGGAAUGACAAUUUUUUUUUUGGGUGAGCAAGCCUUUUAUUAUACAACACUGUCAUUUUCAUGUCUGCUCAUAAUUUAAAUGCUUAAUCAAGUUUCAUUCAAAAUUGAUUCCCCCGUAAGUUUCAAUGUGCAUAAAUAGGUCUGCUGACAGUGCAGUAAUAUUCUAAAACAUUCUUUUUUUUUUUUAUUAAAUCCUGCAGUACUUACUAUAAAGCAUCAGUAACCUUGCAGAUAAAAUCACUGCGGACACAUAAUUCAUAUCAUGUUCUUUAAUUAGGUAAUAGCACUUUCAUCACCUUGUCAUUGCUGCAGAAGUUAAGGCACACAUGUGAUUUAAAGGCAGCUCUGCAUUGGCCCUGCAUGCAGGUGUGUGUGUGUGUGUGUGCGUGUGCGGGUGUGUGUGUAUGUGUGUGUCAAUGUGUGCCUGAACUGAUUGGACUGUGGACAAAAGGGGGUUAAGGUUAGGGUUUUGGGGGGUUGGGAUUGGGAUUGGUUCUUUCAGGGAACUGUGCAUCUGUCCAUGCAGGCAGCAGCUUUUAUGCAGGGGUCGGACUCUGCGCUUACUGAGCGUCUGCCGGGGUGGGGAGGCGUGUGAGGGGGGGCUCCCGCACUGGUUCUCUGAAAUGCAUGUCAUGUCUGCAGUCUGGCUGCAGCUGCCCUGAUCAGGGCGAGAAAUCUGUGUCUGCCAGCUGGCCCCCAUUGACUCUCUCAGGGAUCGUUUGUCUAGGUCCUAGUGCCUCCCGUAGGUAAUUCAUCUGUGAUGAUCUCUGUGUGUGUGUGAGCCUCUCUUUCUUUCCUGGAAAAAGCAUUCGAAGCAAACCGAAGUGACAAAAUCCCUCAAUUUCUCAAAACAGGAUCUGUCCUUUUAAAAAAAAAAAAUGCUCUUAUUAAUUUGAGUUCAGUUGGCAACCGAGAGACUGGCAUUAUUGUCCUCCCAUCAACAUUUGUCAGAAAAGGGACAACAAACCCUGCAGUUCAUAUCUUACAUAAACUGUUAAUCCUCGUCGAUUCACAGCAUCCUGUGAAGAAGCAGCGGCAUGCGGAGGAACACAAAAGGAAAGGGACCUGCUGUGUAUUUGCUCUUGGUUUAACCUCAUUGUUUGGACUGCAUAAUGACUACUUUUGUCACACUGACCACAGAGGCAUAAACAGCCUCCAUCGUGUUGUGUUUCCUUAUUGUAGGAAAGAGUUGACUGAACUAGUUCUGUAUUUUUUCUAAUUCAUGAUAGUUUGCAAAAAUCUUAGUUUUGCCAAGUGGUUUUUAGAAUGACGCCACACUCGGUGGUCAAAGUACACAUGUAAUUCAGGUAUUUGUGUUUCAAGUAAAAGGGAAAUGGCGUUAAACAUGAGGACCGAUGGGAAAGAUGGAUGUGGUUUGUGAUACAAGGCCUCCAUUCAUAAAACAAAAAAACAUGAGGAUUUUCAAUGUGUAAAAACAUUGCCUCAACAUAUAUGUAUAGCGCAGAAAGAUUUAGUGCUUUAAAACUGAAAUGUUGGCAUUUUAAAUGCUCAAAAUUGCAGAAACUGUAGUAAUAACGCAAGUUACUGGAAACUUUUGUUUCAUUAUAAGUGAGGCAAUGGAUGGCAUUCAUUUCAUAAUACGGUAAUUUGUAUUAUGAAAAUCCAAAAUCAAGCUUGCAUGUGUUAUAAAUAAGGACUUGUGAAUAGGUAAACAAAAGGUUUGGGCUUUCAACAAUCAUCAGGGAAAUUAUUUCAGGAAUCAACACGUUCACUAUUUUAGAAGAUUCUUUGCUACUGGAAUUGUGAAACGGCUCACUGAACCUGAAGUUCACACACAGGAAUGAAUCUUUGCAUUAAGAUGUAUGUCAAUCAAAUCUGUCUCCAUCUAGAAAUGUAUCAGGUCACACACCGAACCAAUACAGUCCCAAACACCAGCAGUCAAUUAAACGGACUCAGGACUAAAAA